AUGCGUUCAAGAAAACGUCGGAGCGAUUACUCUGAAACGGUUUCGCAAGUAAGAAUCGAUCGGGCCAACUCCGGGGGUGGCUUGGCAGGCACGCGACGCGUUUCGGCGCCUAGCGCGUCGUGCCAAAUCGCUCGCAAAGCGAGCGGGGCCGUGGGCGCGGGCGACUGUCAAGGCCUAGACCGCUCCAUUGAGCGUUCUCGCCCACUUGAUAUACGGUUUAGGGUACGCGCGAACGAAUCGAGUAUCGAUCUAGUUUGGGUUAGCUCGCUUUUGAUUCAACGUACUACGGCAACUUUAGUCAAGCGCUCAGCGGUGGAGGAAAACAUCGCGAGGAAACCCCCUGAACAGAUGAGGCCUUUGUUUGCCCAGCAGGACAUGUGGACAUUUAAACCU